AUGGGUGGAUCCGAGAAGAUAUACAUCAUUACGGCGCCGCAGCUGAUCCAGGUUGCAAUGAAAAACAAAUCCUUGAAUCUUUACCCGGUGAUGGCGGAGUUCGCACAGAAGAUGGUCGGUCUAGGACCAAAUGUCAUGGACUUGUUCCACAACCCACCAAGCGAUGGCUCUGUCUCGUGGAUUGAGGACCAACAUCCAUCUUUUGCGCCCCUGGCUCCUGGUCCUGACCUACAGGAGAUGAACACCUACGUCCUAAACAAGAUCUCGGAGACCAUCAACUCCAUCGGACCUGAUUACGAGACCAAGAAGCUGUACAUGUGGUUCAGGGACUCCUUCACCAUGGCCACAGUGGGCUCCCUCUUCGGCGACAAGAACUCUUUGAUGCAGGAUAUGACGUUGAGCAAGAAUCUAUGGGACUAUGAUGGUGGCCAAGCGGAGUUACUCAUGAAACCGCUACCCUCUAUCACAGUAUCAAAGGCAUAUAACGGCCGUGCCAAGGUGCAAAAGGCUCUUCGAAAAUACUUCCGCGAAGAUUAUGAUCACAUCACCGAUGCCAGCAGUGUCGUCAAGCGGCGCGUGGCAGUCAACCGAAAAUGGGGUCUGCCCAUUGACGACAUCGCAGACCACGAGUUCGGAAUGCUCUUCGUGAGCGUCACCAAUGCCAUUCCUACACUCUUCUGGAUGAUGUGUUAUGUGUUCCGCGAUGCCGAUCUUGUUGCAGACUUGCAAAAGGAGCUUCUUGCCCUUGCUGUGAUACAGCAAGACAGCGAUGCCAGCGGGAGCCGCCCGUCUCGGAAGUAUACUUUCACCGUUGCCAAGUUCCGUACAGAGUGCCCCUUGCUAGUGUCUACUUACAAGGAAGUCAUGCGCCUGACAAAUCGCUCGACGGGUACACGCCGUGUCGUGGAGGACACAUUGAUCAGCUACACACCACCCGGAGAAGGCGGCGAAACAAAGACCUACCUGCUCAAGAAGGGUGCAAACAUUCAAAUCCCUGCCAUCAUCACCAACUUUGGCCCCGACGCGUGGGGCGACAAUGCACACGAAUUCAAUCCGCGGCGGUUCAUGACCGCAGACAGAGAACGAGAGCGGGCGCAAAACCGCGCCUUUAACCCUUUCGGUGGCGGUAAACACCUUUGUCCCGGACGUUUCUUUGCCGACGCGGAAAUAUUGGGGGCGAUGGCUGCGUUGGUGCUAGGAUUCGAGAUUGAAACUCUGGCUGGUGACAGGAUUGAAGUUCCGCAGAUCAAUAACAACCUGGCUGAGGCUGUUGGAAAACCCUUAACGAGCGUUCAGGAGAACAUGCUUGCGAGGAUUCGGCGGAGGCCAGGCUGGGAGGAUAUGGAGUGGGCGUAUAUCGCGAACAACGUGGCAACUUAG